AUGAUUUCCCGAUUCGCGCUUCUUUGUUUUCUGGCGUUCUCGUCGUGCCUGUUCAACGACGCGCCUUUGACGACGACGAGUAGUAACACCAAUUUUGGGGGUGGAAUUAAUGUAUUCGUCCAAGCGAGUGAAGAGACGAGCGAAUUUCUCUCGAGCGGAGCUUGGGCCACCGUCCAGCUCGCGUUUAACGACGGCGGCGUGGAGACAUCGUGUCCUUGCCCGGUUGGAUGCAUGAAUUGCGCGUUUCAAGAUUCUUCCAUGUUUGGCGGGGAUAACACGGUGAAAACGUUGUAUUCAACGAGCACGAUGCCGACGGUGGCGAUUAGUACCGGGGGUUCGGCGACGUUCGCCGGGUAUACGAACACCACGGGAACCGCGGAAAGAAUGACGUUACAAGGGUGUCCAGAUGUGAGUUUAAUGGUAUGUUUCCACUGUAAUAACGGGCAAGGGUACUACGCCACUGGGUAUUCCGGCGCGUAUUCGCAAGAAGGUAUCGGGACGGUCGGUACCGGCGUCGCGUGCGUGUUUCAAUACAAGUGCGCGGACGGCGGUAAUUGCCAAGAAAGUUUGAGCGGGAUAGACGCGGCGAAGUACGUCGGUGCGUUGGUCAUCGUGUUUUGGUUCGCGUUUAUGAUCUUCUUAUUCUUGCGCGGGAGACCUUGGCUGAAAUCAGUGGUCGAUCCGUGCGCGCAUUUGGAUCGAACGAACCCGGAUUAUUCCAUAUAUCCAGAUUUACCGCCAGCGCCUACUGGAAUGUUAGGUUUGGCGUGGUUGUGGCACGCGGUACGAAUGGACAUGCCGUAUUUACGCUCGCACAUGACUUUGGACGAAUACAUGGUUUUGAGAUGGUUUCGCAUGUGCUCCAUUUUCUUUUUGUUCGCCUCUGUGUUUUGCACGCCGGUUUUGGUGUACUUUUAUUUCGUGGACAGUGACGAAGCCACGAGCGGCACGGAAGCGACCAUCGACGCCGCUUUGAAUGGAAACGUGCGUCAAAUCUCUAUGGCGUCGGCGAAGAGUCACUUGACGUGGCAAUUAGUCGUCGCCGAGAUGGUUUUAUUAUCGGUCGUUUUGGUGAAACUCAUCGAACGCGAGUGCGUCAAGUUUGCGCGUUUGAUGUGGAACUUGAAACCGGAAGAGAUUGGCAUCAAAUCGCACGCCGUGGUCAUCACGGAUAUUCCGAGAUACACCACCUCGCCGUUCCCGACGACGGAAAUGAGCGACGCACAAAUGAAAAAGAUUGCCGCGAUGCAAGACAAACUCGGGAAGGAAUUAAAGGAGGAGGAAGAGACGACGUCGAUCUAUGGGCGAUUCAAAGGUUUGGCGAAUCUCGCGCAAGUGCAACAGAAGAUGGGCGCGGAGUUCGCGCAAGACGAGGAACAUUCGAAAGGUUUAAUUGGUAGCGCCAUGGAGAGGGUUGGUAGCGCCAUGGAGAAAGGUCACAAAGGCGGCGACGAAGGCGGCGUAGAAUCCGCUGCGGAUGUCGUAUUUGCCAACGACGGACGCGUUCGAGCGUUGAUGCGUUGGGAAACUGAUUCUAUCUUAACCUCGAAAGUCGAACGCAUUGUCGGCCCAGACAAGAUUGCUUUUAAAAUGCUGGCCUCGGAUACGCGAAAGUUGGACGCCGUCGCGCGCAGGUGGAGAGCGGUGCAGGACUACAUGAUUCAGUACACGAAAGCGUACAACGAAUUAACGAAACAAAAACAGGUCGACCCGAAGUCUUUCGAAGGUUCUUCUCGAAGUGCCCGUAUUUUGCGAUUCGAAUUGAAGCAAGCGACGAAAGGUUACACGAAGUACGUCAAGAAAGAGGCAAAGUUCUUCCAGAAGUUCAACGCCGUUCGCGAAAAGGAAAUCAACUCCAUCGAACCUGCCGCCGGGGCCGUGGUUGUUUUCAAAGAUCAAAAAGAUGCUUUGGUCAUGGGUUCCGUACAGAUUGACGACCAGUUUGGCCAAUGGCAAACGAUGCAAGCGCCUGGUCCGUCCGAUUUGGUAUGGCACAACGUCGCGAGCUCGAAACCGGUGAGAGAUUGGAAAACGAACCAAAUUCGGUUCUUUACCAUUUUCAUCACCAUCUUCUUCAUGUUCCCAGUCUCGUACGCGACAAAAUUGUUCAACGAUUACAAGGAUGAAAUCGUGAAAUAUGUCGGCGUAGAGUACGGGGAAACCUUGUAUUCCAUCAUGAUUGCGGUGUUGCUUUCCGUCUUGAUUGCUGUCGCCGGUAUGAUUGCGUCGAUUACCAGUCGCAUGACGGGUUUGACCUCGUACUCUUUGAUGGACUCCUUUGGCGCCUCGACGUAUUUUUAUAUCGUCAUCGUCAAUUUGGUCGUUGGGAACAUGUCCGAAAGAGAGCUGUGGCUCGAUUUGGAAGAUUGGUUGCAGCAACCUCACUUGUUCGCGUACACGUUUACGAGACAAAUGAUUGCCACGUCCACCUACUUCAUCAAGUUUAUAAUCAUGAGAACGGCCACGUCCACGAUCAUGGAGUUGUUGAACAUCGGUUCUAUUGGUGGUUACAUUGUGAAAUCUAUCAUGUACCGCGUUCGUUCUUUACAAUGGCCUCCAAAGAAGAAGAAAGUUGAAUGGGCGACACCGAAGGCGACGCCGAUGAUGCUCGUCCCGCCGCAAGCGAUGAUGAUUUUCUUCAUUUCGAUGAUUUAUUGCGUCAUCGCACCAAUUAUCUUACCGUUUGCGUUCGUCUUCUUCUACACCAUGUACAUUUUCGGUAAGCACAUGUACGUGUACAGCUAUUUGCAAAAGUAUAUGGGCGACAUCGCCAUGUGGGCCUGGCUCGUGCGUCAAAUGAUCUUCACGUUGUUCUUCGCGCAAAUCGUGUUGAUUUUAGGCAUGCCCACGUUGGGGUACGGCUCGGAGGAAUACCGAAUCUGGUUGGUCCCGAUCCCGGUGAUUACCAUCUUGCAAACGAUGCGCUCGAGAGAGUUGUUACAAAUUGCUCUAAAACGACCAAUGUACGUCGACAACGUCGGCGAAACCGAAGAGGACAUCAAAAAAGCACGAAUGGGCGUCAUUCGCGCGCAACAAAUCAAAGAAGCGCACGAAGGCGAUUUGGGUUUGGACAAACACAAAUCAGUCGAGGAACUUUUGGACUCCGGUGCGUGGCGAGGGUACAUGCCGUCGAACAUUUGGCCGUUGGCGGCGGAAAGAAGCGCCGCGUCGGUCGUCUUGAAGCGAUGGCGCGCGUAUAAACGAACCAACAAAUCCGGAGAAGGUAAAGGCUUCUUUGGCAUCGGGGCGAAAUCAGUCAAGAAGGUUGAAAAAGUCGCGCCAGAUGCGGUUCCGGCGUCAAAACUCGUCGAAGAAAAGAAGGAGGAGCAGAAGGAAAAACCAAUGUCGCAAGAGCAGUUGGACGCGAUUAAAAUGAGACAGGAAGCCGAAGAUGCGGAAAAGAAACGCUUGGAAGAGGCGAAGAAAAAUCCGCCGAAACCGAAACCGGUUCCCGAAGUCGCCGCCGCCGCCGCCACUCCGACGGAAGAAGAAAAGAAGCCCGAGGAGAAGAAAGAAGAAAAGAAGGAAGAAACAAACGAAGAUUAA